AGCUGCAGUGUAUCUCUGUAGUGUUCUAUUUUUAAACCCUGCGGGCCUGCGCGGGCUCUCUCCCGCAUACUCUGCAUAAACCAGCCAAGACACGACGGGCGGGAUGGAGAUAAUACAGCAUUUACAUUCGUGAAGAACCUUCUGGCCGCCAGGGAAAUAUGCAGGAAGGACGUGAGCAGGAAACACAGGCUCCGUCACGGCCCUCGGUGGCUGAACUCGCCGGAAGGUUCAAGGGUUCCUCAGCUCCACACGAUGCAGUGGUCAGAGAAACAGAAAAGCCUGUCCGACGUAGACCUCCUCGCUCCUUGACACUGCCCAACAUUCACGGCGACGAACAGGAGAGGCCUGGAGGUGUCACCUCGCCUGUAAAAGCCAAGAGAAACUCAGCUCUGAUUGAGAAGCUUCAGGCCAACCUCGCUCUGUCCCCAUCAGCCCUGCUGCCCUCUCCCAAGAGCCCCGGUUUCAGGCUGCUGCCACCCUUCACCCCGCCGCCCUCCCCAAGUUCCAAGUCGGGGACCUCUUCAACCACGCUGAGCCCUUCCAGCCCCGCCUCCACGUGUUUGCUGGUGACUGAGGAGGAGGGGCCGACCUCAUUUGAAGCUCCUCAGGAGGCAUCCCUCCUGACGAACAUCAACAAGAAUCGAGCACGCCAUUCCCUAAGGCGACGCCCACCAUCUCGUCGCCACAGAAACUCCAGCAGCGGUGAUGAUGUAGGUGUGGCCCCAGAGCAGACAGACACAAACGCUAGCCAACCGGACCGUGAAACAACAGAGCGAGACAAAGGAGGAGGAGAAGGAGUUUUCAAAGAUGGAAAUGGAGACCAUGUCGAGGAUAGCAAAUCUGACAACAGCCAAACAAAUUGUGCCAUCACAAGUGAAGAAGACCAGAAGAGUGAAGAUGCAGUCACAGAAGCAGGAGGAACCGAGGAGAAAAGCUCAGGAGAUGAUCAAAAUAACAACGAGGAAGAACAAAAAAGCAACACGAGUGUUCUAGAUAGUUAGUAGUCUCCGUGGGAACAUGUUGAUAGGACAUUUAUGAGAUGAUUUAAAGCUUGAUUGUGUCCUGCAGGGUUCCACGAGUUGAUGAAAGAAGUCCAGGUCCGAAACUCAAAAUGCUCCAAUGGGGUCUGCUUGGAAAGGUUGCACUAAUAGAGUGCAGACACAAACUUGUAAUUUUAUUUCUAUUUUAUUUUUUAAUCGCUGCUGGUUGUCUCAAAGUGGCAGAGACUCUUACUGUGGAAUAAUUGUGCUGCCUUUUUACACUGCUGUAUGUGUUUGAUUUAAUCAUAAGGGUAUUUUCUCACAGGCGACAUUCUAAUAUUGGCCCUUUUCCGUACGUUUGUCAGAAAAUUGUUUUUGUCAUAUAAAAACUACCACAUUUACAACAUGUUGACUUUGUGUCACCUAACCAGCUUCCUUGCACCAUAACUCAAAUCACAUAACUGAUUGCUCAAGGAUCCGGGAAUCAAACUCGCCAUGUUUUCAUUACAAAACAGGCGCUUCACUGCACAUGCAAUGCACUGUGAAAUUUAACUAACCACUUAAAUCCAAGUGUUUGGGAGUAAAACAAUUCGGAAAUCGAACAAAACUUGGUAGUAAAAAGUGGUAAGAUUGUUUAGUGCUUGUAAGCUAACUAUUCCAAAUGCAAGUAACAUGGUGACCAUAGAACGGCAAAUUUAAGCUACCCUAGAAACGUUAAAAGUGGUACACGCUUUUUUGUCCUGGCUACUCGGCACAACAUGGCUACAAGUCAACAAAGAAAAACGAGGGCAUGUACUCCAGAAAGAGACAGAGCAUCUAAAUCAGGGGUGUCCAAACUAAGGCCGUGGGACAAGUGCGGCCCACUGAAGAUUGGCCCGUGGCAUGUUUUUAGCCUAACUUUAGGCCUUGUGAAUUGAAGCAGAGUGAUCUUGCCACCCUCUUGUGGGCAAAGACAGAAUUGAUGUUCUAUGACCAUGUACUUCAUUUGGAAGGAGUUUGAGCACAGCCUCAAUUUAUAUGACCCAAGCCAAACAACAUUUCCCACUCAUGGUAUAAACUAACUAUAACCAACAAAUAAAGUCAAAACACACCUACUGCUCAUUGAAUCCUUUGGACAUUAUAAAACACGUUCAAGCACUAUACUGUAUAUAAUUUAAAAUUAAACAUAUACAUGUCCAUUACAGUG